CUGCACCCCCAACAGAAAAAAAGAAAAAAGAAAAGAAAAAUUAAAUGAAAGGACCCUGGUCUAAGCAUGGAAAAGAUGAGAUUCUUCUCUCCCUCCAUUUUCAGACCCCCUUUGGUCUCUUAACAACCAAAGCCCAUUUUCCUCUCAGUUUUUUUUUCUUUUUCCUUUUAUUUGUGAUUUAAAUUCAACUCAUUUUACUACUACUAGCAACAGGAAAACAGGUGAGAAAAAAAAGGGGGGAGAGUGAGGAAGGGAAAGAAAUGGAAGAAGAGGGAGUAGGGUUAGCAUUAGCAAGAGCUACAGAGCUGAGAUUGAAAAUCAGCAACUGCAUCACAAAAGCCACCUCCGGAAACCCUGUUUCUCCCUACAAACAAAGCCAAGAAGGAAAACAAACUGAUAAAAAUGCUAGCUUGAAUGGAGACAAACCCCAUCAAACUCUCGGUGGAACUGAUGAUGAAGAAGAAGCAGAAGAAACUACCGAGAGACUUUUGGAUAUUCGAGAUGCCCUUGAAUCACUUGAAUCCCAGCUCCUUGCUUUACAGAAUCUGCAACAUCAGCAGAGUUAUGAGAAGGAAGUUGCCCUUGCUGAGAUUGAUUAUAGCCGGAGGGUGGUCUUGGAGAAGCUCAAAGAAUAUCAAGGGAAGGACAUGGAAGUGAUUCUCGAGGCUUCUGCUUUUGUUAGUAAAACAGUGGAGAACAACAGUGAUCUCCUCCUUCCCCCAUAUCCAAGUCGCCUCCCACGAUCCUUGGUUUUGGAUAAUGGCUCAUUGUCACACUUACAGUCAACAUACAAGUCUUCCCCAAAUGGGGUUUCCAUCAGUGACCCAACAAAUGAAGCAAAGAACCCAAAACAACAUCAAGAUGAAUCCAAAAGCUUGAGGAAAGGAUUUGGCUACAUCAUAGGUUCAGCUGUGAAGAUGGUGCUUCCACUUGUUGGUGUAAUAUACAUAUUAAGCCUGUCCAAUUUUGUGCCGAAUCUCGGGAAAGGCAACCGUGUCAAGGUUUUUGGCACAAGUCAGCAACGUGCAACUGAAGAGAAGAAUUCCAGUGAUCCAUGUCCACCUGGGAAAAUUCUGGUAAUGGAGAAUGGGGAAGCUCGAUGCUUGGUGAAAGAGAGGAUUGAAGUACCAUUUGAGUCCAUUGUUUCCAAGCCAGAUGUAAAUUAUGGGUGCGGUUGAUUUGAUAUCACUUCCUAAUGUGUUGAUAACUUUACUUUUAUUGCUAAAUUAGUUGCAAUGAAGUUUUACUUGGGUGGUUUUUCAUAGUUCUAAA